AUGUAUCUCACCAGGGUGACAGGCAGAUUCCGCAUCUUGAUGGUGUCGGCCCUUCUGCUUUUCACUUUCUGGCACCUGUCGUCAUGGCGAGCGGAACCAUACGCCUUCUCGAUUGGGUCGCUGCAUCACGCACCCGCUUACAACCUGAGCGGACAUACGGAGUUUUGGCGCCAGUUCCAGCCUCUAUUGGAAGAACAUGAACCCAAGUGCGAUCCGCCUCGACGAAUUGGCAAUGCCCAGACAGCCGGCUACAAGACCAAGGACCCUGACCCUCGACCGGACAUGUUGAAGAUGCCGACUCAUGACGUCUUGAGAAUGAUGAAAGCACACUCUGACUUUGUGGAGGCCAUAAACGCAAACCCGCCGAGUUUGUCUUAUGUUCCCGGAUCGAGGGGUCUGGUAUGUACCGCCGGAGGUCCAUAUCUACCAGUUUUAGUUAUUUCGCUGCGGAUGUUGCGUCGCACCGGCUCAAAACUGCCCGUUGAAGUCUUUUUGGCAAACCGCGACGAAUAUGAGGAGCAUAUAUGCGAGAAGGUGCUACCCUCAUUAAAUGCGAAAUGCAUCAUUCUCUCGGAAGUCCUGGACACAUCGUUAAGCUCCAGGCCAAUUGAGAAAUAUCAGUUCAAGCCAUUCGCAAUGCUCUUUUCUUCAUUCGAGGAGAUCCUUUUCUUGGACGCUGAUGCAUUUCCUCUCGCCAAACCGGAGUCGUUAUUCGAGCGCGAACCCUUCCACUCAAAGGGAAUGCUCACUUGGCCUGAUUUCUGGGCUUCCUCUGCCUCGCCCUUAUACUACCGCAUUGCCUCACAGGAGAUUCCUGCAAUGGAUCUGCGACAAUCGACCGAGUCCGGCGAGGUUCUCAUUUCAAAGAGAACUCAUCUCAAGACCCUGCUGCUCAGCACAUACUAUAAUUACUGGGGACCGACACAUUACUAUCGACUCUUCUCCCAGGGAACAGCUGGAGAAGGCGACAAAGAAACAUUCCUCGCUGCCGCAACAGCGCUAGGAGAGCCGUUCUACCAGGUCAGCGAGCGCAUAUGUGCCAUCGGCCACCGCACUGAGGGAGGUCUAGCUGGGUCGGCAAUGGUUCAAUUCAACCCCAUCGAAGACUACAAGUUGACGCAGAAAGGAAUCUGGCGCGCGGCGGGAGACAAUGGAGUGAAGCAGCCACGUCCGUUUUUCAUUCAUGCGAAUUUCCCCAAGUUCAAUCCGGCAACGGUGUUCUCGAAGCAAGCUGUCAACCCUGCAUUCAAUGAUGACGGGAGCUAUACGCGGGCAUGGACGAUCCCGGACUUUGUGAUCAAUGAAUUUGGGCGAGACGUUGAGAAGGAAUUCUGGGCUGAAAUUCUGUGGACAGGAUGUACACUGGAAAACAAGUUCAAAAGCUGGAAAAAUCAGACCGCGGUUUGCCAGGAUGUGAAGAAAUAUUGGACCGCUGUGUUUGGACAGGAGGAUCCGAGGGGUGUGUGA